AUGGUGGCACCACUGGACCAGGCGGCACCGCAUGCCACAUUGGAACAAGAUCAGCGAGACGCCGCCACAGCCACAGAGAAUAGCGGCAGGGAUCACGGAGCCGCCGACAUAGCAGAUGCUGAUCCAGGCGAAGCAAUAUGCGCUCCUGGAUCCGCACCUUCUGUCACGUCAAGGAUUUCGGUGCAGAAGGUGUGCUCGCUCGUCGGCAAGUUUAACAAGUUCAAGAGGGAUUUGGUCGAGGAGAUAGGCUUUGGUGGGAUGCUGGGGAUCAAGAUGCUGGCAAAGUUGAAUUUGAAAUUCAGCGCGUGGCUAAUGGAAAGAGUCGAGGUCGAGUCCAGCACACUGAAAAUAGACGAGCAAAGGGUUCUGCAGAUCCAGGACCAUGAUGUCCAGAAGGUAUUCAGUCUGCCAUGCGGCACCAGAUCGAUAUGCCCCGAUACGACCGAGCCGUCUGCAGCCUGCAAAGAGUUCAUGCGAGCUUCUGCCUAUUUGAGCAAAGGCGCGCACAGUCUAAAGGCCGCGGAGGCUUAUCUCCUGAGAGAUGACAUCAAUGCAGAUUCCAGCAAGGUCCAGAUAGAUUGCUUCAAGAUAGCCUUUGUUAUUUUUGUUGUUGGCCACCUGUUGGCUCCAUCCACUAAGCAUGACUACAUCACCAUAGAUUUCUGGGCCGCCCUCAACGAUAUCUCGCAAAUUAAAGAAUUUAAUUGGUGUGCUUAUGUACUCGAGCAUUUGAACAGAGCUGUUGGGAAGUUGAAAACUGAUAUCCGCAACCGGAACAUCACUGUACAUCUUGUUGGCUGCCAUCUGUUUCUUCAGGUAUUCUACUUGGACAAUCUUGAUCUUGGUCCACUUUCCAAGACAAAAGACCAUCUACCAAGGAUUAGUCUUUUUGACUACGAGUCGGUUAAGAAGAUGAUAGAAGUGAUCACUAGCAACGUGGAUGGAGAUACAUCAUUCGCUGGAGCUAGUUUUAGGCGCGCUCAAGAUGUUUGCUACUCCAGAGUCCACUACGAAAGCCACACUCACCGAGCAGAUGUAGCUUCUGACCUGCCCCAUCAUGCCCCAGGUUUUGUUGGCACAAAGCACCAACACAACCCAGUUACUCCCAUGCUACGAAGCAGCUUCACUGAAACUGGACAAGGAGAUUUCUCCAACCAUCUCCGAUUGAAAUACCCGUCACUUGCAAACCACCCGCUUAUGACCAUUUUGGAAGAACAUAAUGCACACAUGAUGGAAAAUAUAUCUGAAAUUAGGCGAAGUUGCGAAGUGGCGAUGUCUACCUUAGCGGACAAACUUCUUGGCUAUAUAUCUGAGAACCGCUGUUGCUGCAGAGCGGUGGGACGAACUGAUUGUUUACUGAGGUCGUCGCACACAAUUCAUGAGAGUUCAACCGAGCAGAAUUCACUCUCUCACAAACGGGAUGCACCUGAGCCCACUGGAGCAGGACAUCACAAGAAGAUACGGGUGAACCAGCCUCUAGUUGAGACAGACCUUCAAGCAAGUAUACCUGGAUGCUCAACUAACAAGAGCCUACCCCGCAGUCCUUUACAAGUUGACAUCAACCUGGCCGCACCGUAG